ACCAGGUACCUUUUAUCUACGAGCUGCCAGCAAGAAACCCUAUGUUACACGACAUUACAGUGGCUAUUAUGUGAGACGAUUUAUCUGUCCGUUGGCGAUGUUAAAAUAGCCCAGCAUAACCAGAAAUCCUUUCGAGCCUUAUCCUGAGAAAUCCCAAGUUAACCGCCUUUUCGAAAAUCACAAGUCUUACUACGAAAUUAGACAUGGCCUCAUCAGGGAAGAAGAUUGUGUUCAUCACAGGGGGGAACCAGGGCGUCGGCUAUGAGACAGCAAAGAAUCUACUUCUUUCCUCUGAGGAAUACCAUGUGAUUCUGGGGAGCCGGGAUCUCUCUAGAGGCGAAGCAGCGGCUAGAGAAAUCCAAGCCGUAGACGGUGUCAAGGGCAGCGCCUCUGCGGUUCAGAUCGACGUCACGGAUGAUAAGACAGUCGACGCCGCAGCUGCGCGUGUAGCCUCCGAGUACGGCAGACUAGACAUUCUUGUCAAUAACGCGGGGAUUAUCUCUACCGCUAAUCCGCCGACUCGCGAGGCUUUUCGGCGCGUGUUGGAGACCAACGUUGUUGGUUCCUUAAGCGUCACUGAGGCGUUUUUGGACCUGUUGCGUAAGGCGGUCCAUAAACCACCUCGCCUGGUCUUUGUCACCUCAAGCAUGGGCUCGAUUACGCACGCAGCAGAUCCGAGUUCUCCAUAUUACAACCCGUUGGGAACAGAGUACCGUACUAGCAAGGCUGCCGUCAACAUGUUGAUGGUCAUGUACUACGCCCGCCUGAAGCCAGAGGGCUUUUUGGUAUUUGGGGCAGAUCCUGGGCUUUGUGCCACCAACUUCACCGGCGAUCCCGUCUCGUUGCGGAAGAGGAAUGCCGCCGAACCAUGGGAGGGAGGCGAGCGUGUGGCGUCAGUUGUCAAAGGGGAAAGAGAUGCUGACGUUGGAAAGGUGUUGGGAGUAUAUGGGGUGUCUCCGUUUUAGGGCACGGCCCGCACUUUACCACGAGGCUCCGAUUCUCGUAUAACAUGGAAAAAUGACAUGGAUAGGUAUAGCUAGUCCGAUUACAUUCGUUACGUUACCCUGUUAUCGGUUAAACUUCAAGUGAUGACACUGUAAGCUUAUUCAAAUUCUAGCUGUCGCAAAUUAGUUCCUAUAUCAAAC